CCUCGUAUCCUGAUCGAUUUGCCCUAAGGGGCGUCGACAUUCAAAAUCUCUCUUUUAACGUUCGAUUUUUUCUGAAGAUCUCUCGAGCUCGAGGGAGAACGAGGAAGGAAGGGAAUCAGGUAGAGAGACAGAAAAGCGAGCGACACUGGCUGAAUGGGUAGAAAGCGGGGCAGAUGCGAAGCCAGAGAAGUAAUUGAAACCAGAGAGACGGAAAAACGACAAGUCGAUCGUGAUUCCGGCGAAGAAGCGGAGGAGACGGAAUUGGUGAAGGGUUUCUUCGCAUGUUACCUUCUCUGCUCUUUAAGCCCUCGCCACAAGGGCCGCACUUAUAUUGGGUUUACUGUGAAUCCUCAGCGGAGGAUUAAACAACAUAAUGGGGAGAAGAGGUGUGGUGCCUGGAGGACAAAACGUGGACGGCCAUGGGAGAUGGUUCUAUGCAUUUAUGGAUUUCAAUCUAAUAUUUCUGCUCUUCAGUUUGAAUGGGCAUGGCAGCACCCAACAGAAUCCCUAGCCGUUAGAAAGGCAGCUUCAAGUUUUAAAUCUCUGGCAGGCUUGGCUAAUAAAAUUAAACUUGCCUAUACGAUGCUCACCCUCCCCUCCUGGGAAAACUUAAGCCUCACAGUAAACUUUCUGUCAACAAAAUACACAAAACAUAUAGCUGGUUGUCCAAAGUUGCCAAAUCAAAUGAGAUUCAACAUUUGUUCCAUGGAUGAUCUUCCUUGCUAUGUUGAAGGACAUAAUUUACAGUGCAGCAAUGAUGAUUAUGAUGAAGAUGAUGGAGAAAAUUUAUCAACCUAUGAUUGCGAACAACAACCUUUGCAAAUAGAGGAACUCCAAAACCUUCCCGAGCCUUCAAAGUCUGCUGAAGAAUACUAUGGAAACUUAUCCUUUAGUUCCAGGAUACUGCUACAGGAGUUAAGUGAGUUUAGUGAUCUUUCUCAGUCCCCUAAAAGAGUUACUGAAAGCAGAAGAAGGGCUUCAAGCAGCUUAAGCCCCAAUUCCUGUGGUGAAAAUGGUGAAAUGGAACAAGUGAGGCUGAAAUCCACUCCAAGAAGUUCUGAUAAUUUUCUUUCUCCCGAAGUCAACAUGAUAGACUUAUGCACACCAUCCAGUGGCAUUAUUCGAUCGAAGACGAAGCGAGCUUUGUUUGACUCGAUGAUAAUUGAUCUAACGGAUUCGCCGAUGGUUAUCCAGCUUUAAAGCUCAAUAACUGAACAUGUUCCAGCACAUUACUGCUUGUAUUGUGUUGCAUACAUCCAGGUAUUCUUUACUGUUGAAUUUAAUUGCUACAUUGUUUAUGGAUAAAUCCGUCUUAUGUACUUGAGAAGUUAAAGAAAUUAACAUUCAAAAAUAAGGG